CGAAGUUCAUCAUGGCUGCAUUUGUGAAAUUUUCACUAGUUUUCCUAGUUGGUUUGUCUUUUUGCCUGGCCGAAAGCCUGGCUAAGCAUCCAAGUCGACAGGAAGCGGAGGAGGACAUGUCCAAGUUCAUGACUGUUCUACGUCAGGAACAACUUAGUGAAGGCUCGCCACGAUUCAAUGAUGUCCUGGGCAAUGCAAGGACCAUAAUCGAAUACCAAGACCAUGGAUUCAUUGGAGUGCGAAGUAUUUUUCAGUGGAUGACCAGUCCAAAUCCUCGCAACGAUGGGGUCUAUAACUUCCUGCAGUUUUACACCACCGAAUCGAGUGGAUACAUUGGAAUCCAAAACUAUGAGAAGAGCUCCAAGUAUACGAUUCUGUUCUCCGUUUGGGAUGCAGAUGGUGCUAUUCCAGGUGAUAACUUCGAGUGCAGUACCUUCGGAGGCGAGGGCAUUGGUUACAAGUGCUUCAACGGCACUUUCCCACUGAUUAGCAAUGCCAUUUACUUUUUGGAUGUACAGAUCGAAGGCUCCACCUUUAGAGGCUACAUCUCGGAACCGCAAGAGAAUCUGGACAGCGUGACCAGCAAUCAAGUGACCAGGCAUUUGAUUGGCGAGAUCACCACUCCGCACAAAGAGCUGACUAACCUCAUACCCUUUGGCUACUACAAUGAGAACUAUCGGGAUAAGGACACCUGCCGCGAGGCCUUUGAACUGGUCACCGUUAACCAGGCUCCUCAUCAAUAUACAAAAUAUGGCCAUGCUAAUACCAAGUUCACCGAAGCCUAUCUCUAUAAUUCGGAGUGCGAGGUGGAGAAUAUUCUGGUGGCCCUCACGGCAGACAAGAAGAGCACCAUCUACUUCACCAGGCCCACUGCUUUAGAUCUAUAUGAUUGAAGUUUCAUUUUAAUAUUGUUUAAAUUAUUAUUAUGUU